GUUGAAUACAUCAUUUUCAGACUAGUGCUCUACUUUGGAACCUGCUGCAGAGCGGCAGAGAAACAGAAUCAACUUCAAAAUCAGCCAUUUUCAAGGAAAGUCGUAGAAGGGAGCAAUAAGAACAGGUAGAGGGGUUGCGCGCACAAUCAGUACCAGCAGAAUAACUGAUAGUCACCAGCUGGUUCCAAUACUUCGGUGGCUUUGAAGUGUAAUUUACAGUGUUUUUAGUGUUUUAUUUUGUUUUAAGACCCGGUAAAAAUGCAUUUAUAUUUCAAUGUUUUUAUCAAAGUAAAUAAUUUUAUUUGAUAAAAUCAACCUGCAUUACCUGGAAGAAUCUUGACUUAUGAAUAUGGAUAUAGUAUGUGAGAAAGUGUUUACGUGAUUAAGUCGAGAGUCGUAUCGUUCCCACACCUGGACCUGAGCAUUUUGUCUCACAGGUCACAAUGACAACAAGGGAGCUUUACGUCAAGGGAGCUAAAGUAUGGGUACCGCACCCAGAAAAGGUAUGGGAAGGAGCAGUGCUUAUAGAAGACUAUAAAAGUGACCACACACAAGUGAAAGUACGAAUUGAUGAUUCGAAAGAAGAAAGAUUGAUAGAAAUAAAAUCAGACAGUGAUUUACCGCAUCUACGUAAUCCAGAUAUUUUAAUUGGUGAAAAUAAUUUAACGUCUUUAUCAUUCCUCCAUGAACCUGCAGUUUUAUAUAAUCUUCAAAUUCGUUUUCAACGCCACUGUAUAUAUACUUAUUGUGGGAUCGUUUUGGUCGCAUUUAACCCGUAUGAUGAGCUUCCAAUCUAUGGAAAUGACACGAUUUGGGCGUAUCGAGGUCAAGCAAUGGGCGAUUUGGAGCCUCAUAUUUUUGCUGUUGCUGAAGAAGCUUACACUAAACUUGAAAGAGAACUUCAUGAUCAAUCGAUUAUUGUAUCUGGUGAAUCAGGUGCUGGAAAAACUGUUUCAGCAAAAUAUGCAAUGCGAUAUUUUGCAACAGUUGGUGGUUCGUCGACAGAAACGCAAAUUGAGAAAAAAGUAUUAGCAUCAUCACCGUUGAUGGAAGCCUUUGGUAAUGCGAAAACUACACGCAAUGAUAAUUCAUCAAGAUUUGGUAAAUUUAUUGAAAUUCAAUUUAACAAGAAUUAUCACAUUACCGGCGCUAGCAUUAGAACUUACUUGUUAGAAAAAUCUCGAGUGGUCUUCCAAGCUAAUGGCGAACGAAAUUAUCAUAUUUUUUAUCAACUUUGCGGUGCUGCGAAUUCUCGAGAACAUUCUCAGCGGCUUAAAGAACUGGAAUUAUAUCAAGGAACAGAUUUUCAUUAUCUAAAUCAAGGAAAUAGUUUUACUAUUGACGGUGUUGAUGACUUUUUAUUAUUCCAAGAAACUAUAAAUGCCAUGUCUAGACUUGGAUUUGAUACAAAACAGCAAGAUGAUGUUUUUAAAAUUCUUGCAGCUAUUUUACAUUUAGGAAAUGUUAAAAUAUCUCAUGGAGAUGGAUCUGAUAGUGAAGCUUGUUCGAUUUCAUCAAAGGAUAAACACUUGAUGAUUUUGUGUAAGUUGAUAGGUAUUGAUCCAAGUGCAAUGCGAAAGUGGUUGUGUCAUAGAAAAAUAGUAUCAAUGAGAGAUGUUAUCUUGAAACCGAUGAAUGUUGAACAAGCUAUGGGUGCUCGUGAUGCAUUAGCAAAGCAUAUUUACGCAGAGUUAUUCAAUUAUAUUGUUACCAGAAUCAAUGACUCACUUAGAAGCAAAAUUAAAGCACAAUCCUUCAUUGGAGUGCUUGAUAUUUAUGGUUUUGAAACUUUUGAAAUAAAUUCUUUUGAGCAGUUUUGUAUUAAUUAUGCCAAUGAAAAACUUCAACAACAAUUUAAUCAACAUGUCUUUAAACUCGAACAAGAAGAAUAUCUCAAAGAGGAAAUUGAAUGGACUUUUAUUGAUUUUUAUGACAAUCAGCCUUGCAUUGAUCUUAUUGAAACUAAGCUGGGUAUUUUAGAUCUUUUGGAUGAAGAAUGCCGCAUGCCUCGUGGAUCUGAUGAUUCAUGGGCAGAAAAACUUUACACAAAAUGCUCUAAAUCAAAGCAUUUUGAAAAACCUAGGUUUGGAACUAGUGCAUUCCUCAUUCAUCAUUUUGCAGACUUAGUGGAAUACUCUACAGUUGGAUUUCUUGAUAAAAAUCGUGAUACUGUUAUUGAAGAACAAGUUGAUAUGUUAAGAUCAAGUGAUAAUAAAUUAUUAAAACAGUUAUUUAAUGAUGAUCCACCAAAGUUAUCAGUUCCCAAUCAAACAAAAGUUAAAAUUUCGGCGUCAAAGCCAUUAACAAGUUCAGCACCUAAAGCUAACAAAAAAACAGUUGGAUCCCAGUUUAGAGAUUCCUUAAAUAUGUUGAUGGCAACUUUGAAUGCCACAACACCUCAUUAUGUGCGAUGUAUUAAACCCAAUGAUUCUAAAGAAUCUUUUGAUUAUGAUGCAGUGCGUGCAAUGCAACAGUUAAGAGCUUGUGGAGUAUUGGAAACAAUCAGAAUUUCGGCGGCAGGAUUUCCGAGUCAAAGAACUUAUGGAGACUUUUUCCAACGUUACCGCUGUCUAUGUCCCUAUAAAAAGAUCCUUCGGGAUGACUUGAAAGAAACUUGUCGAAGAAUUUUGCAGAAAUACAUCAAAGAUGAGGAUAAAUUUAAAUUUGGUAAAACUAAAGUCCUCUUUAGAGCUGGUCAAGUAGCGUACUUGGAGAAGCUGAGAGGAGAAAAGCAAAGAGAUGCUUGUAUAAUGAUUCAGAAAACUGUGAGAGGAUUUAUUCAUUUUAGGAGAUAUCAAAUCAUAAGAAGGAGUAUUAUAGGACUUCAAAGACAUGGAAGAGGUUUCAUAGCUAGACAGAAAGCUCAACAAAUCAGAAGACAACGAGCUGCGAUUAAAAUUCAAGCUAGAAUCAGAGGUUGGCUGGCGAGAACAAGAUAUUUACGAAUUCAACGGACUGUUAUCGGUCUUCAAACUUAUGCCCGAGGAUUUUUAGCUCGAAAACGAUACGCUGAAAUGAAAGAUCAUGCUGCUGCAAUGAUUAUUCAGAGGUUUAUUAGAGGAUACUUAGUUAGAAGGGCUGUGAGAAAAAAAAUCAAGAAUAUUAUCAUUGUUCAAUGUUGUGUACGUAAGUAUCUGGCUAAAAAGAUCUUUAAAAGGCUCAAAGCUGAAGCUAGAAGUGUGGAACAUGUUAAGAGUCUCAAUAAGGGUCUCGAAAAGAAGAUCAUCUCGAUGCAACAUAAGAUUAAUGAGAUAACAAAAGAAAAUGUUGCUCUCAAAACAGUCCAAGGUGAGGUUCAAGAGCUUAAAAGUAAAUUAGAAGGAAUGAAGAGCUUAGAAAUUGAGAAUAAGAGAUUAAUUAAUCUUAUGGCAGAGAAAGAUAAACAGAUAGAGAAAUUCGAAGAAGUUGUUAAACAAGAAAGAGAUGAAAAAAUGGAAUUAUUACUUGAUAGACAGAAAUUGAUGAAAGAUAAAGAAGAAGAGAAUAAAAAAUUGAUUAUAGAAACAGAAAAGUUGAAAAAAGAAUUAUCUGUAGCUACUGAACGGCUUAGAACUGAUCGAAGAGGUGCUGAAGAAAAUUUGAAACAUCGUUUGGAACAAGAAAAAGAUUUACUGCUAAUGGAACAUGAUCAGGAUCGUGGAGCUUAUCAGAAAUUGCUCAAAGAUUAUCAAGAUCUUGAAGAGCAUGCUGAAGCAUUAGAAAGAAAACUUGCUAUGUAUGUUCCAGGACAUUCAAGAUCUCUGAGCAAUGCUUCUAGUUCCAGUGGUCCAGUUCCAAGUGUUGAAGGUGCUCCAGAUGAUCAAAAUAUUGACUUUGGUUAUGGAUCUGUUCGGUCAACAAUAUCUUCAUCAACACCGUAUUCUAGAGUUGAAACUAUUGACUGGAAUCAACGUAGAUCUGAUAGUCCACCUGAUGGAGAUCAAGGAGUUAAAUCACCAACACAAAAUGGAAGUCUUCAGCCACCUCCUGUUGAUAUUGGCCUAGUUCUUAAACUUCAGCAGAAACUUAAAGAUGUUGAGAGUGCUAAUGGCAGACUUGUAAGAAUGGUAGAAGAUUUAGAACGUGAUAGUCCUGAAGAUAAUCUUAGAACUCAGGAUACUUUUAAGUUAGAGGAACUAGAGAUGGAGAAUGCACAGCUGAAAAAAGAUCUAAAUGAAUUGAGAAAAAGUGUAGUGGAUGGAGAUUCUUCUAAUGUUCAGAAAAGUCUUUUGGGACAGUUUGAAGCACUUCAAGAAGAACUGGCACGAAGAAGAGAAGAGUGUAUACAGCUUCAUAGUGUUCUUGCAGAUAAUACAAGAAGAAUGAAAAGCCUUGGAUCGAAUUAUGGACGUGAUGUAGAUAUUAUUAAUGAAGAUGGAGAACUGGUCCUUGCUUUUGAAGCACAGAAAAAAAUUAACCGGCAAUUGGAGGAUGAAUUACAAGAGAAAGAAAAGGGCUGGAGAUCGCAGAGAAAUGAAUGGCGAAGUGAAAUUGAUCGUUUACAAGAUGUUAUACAGAAUCAACAAAAAUUGUUAUCUGUUAAUUUAAGUCAGACUCCACAAACACAAAAUGAAGCAUUUAUGCAACAUGAAAUUGCAAGAUUAACAUCAGAAAAUUUGGAUUUACAAGAAAAGUACGAUAAAGUCGCUGAAGAAUGUCAGAAACUGAAGAAACGAUGCAAAAUUUUGGCAAAACGUCUUCGAGAUGCAGGCUGCGAGGAUACUGAUUCGAAGGAUUCAAAUGAGGCUCUAAAACCUCAUCCAUAUAUGAUAACAGGUCCUCCGGUGCCUGAUACCGUCGAUCCGCCUGCCAAUCAAUCAUUGCUGGCAUCUCAAUCAUCCAAUGGAACAAUUAUGCCUGCCAUUCGAAAGAAAGAACGUGAUUACGAAGGAAUGUUUGAAUUUCAAAAAGAAGAUGUUCCAGCUAUUAUUCGUCAUCUUGUCAUAGAAUUAAAACCAAAGGUAGCAGUGACUUUGCUACCAGGGCUUCCAGCUUAUAUCGUUUUCAUGUGUAUUCGUCAUACAGAUUUUAUUAACGACGACGAAAAAGUGCGCUCUCUUCUAACAGGUUACCUGAAUGCCGUCAAACGAGUGAUAAAGAAACGGGAUGAUCUUGACUCUGCAGUUCUUUGGCUUAGUAAUACUUUACGUCUUUUACACAACAUGAAGCAAUAUUCAGGAGAUAAACCAUUCCAGAUAGAAAAUACACCACGACAAAAUGAACAAUGUCUUCGUAACUUUGAUUUAAGUGAAUACAGAUCAGUAUUGAGUAAUGUGGGUGUUUGGAUUUUUGUAAACAUCAUGACCAUUUUAAAAGAAAGAAUUCAAGCUUUGACAGUACCAGCUUUGUUGGAACAUGAAGCUAUAACUGGAUUGAAUUCAAAUAAAACUGGAAGACCUAGAUCAUCAUCAAUGGGCGAAGAGCCAGAAUCAACUCAACAAAAGUUGAAUAAACUUCUCGAUGAGCUUGGAGCCAUCCAUAAGACUCUCCAGUUUCAUGGCGUUGAUUCAGAAAUCAUUGUACAAGUAUUCAAGCAACUAUUUUAUUUCAUGUGUGCUAGUGCUUUGAAUAACUUGUUGUUAAGAAACGAGUUGUGUCAUUGGACGAAAGGAAUGCAAAUUCGAUAUAAUUUAAGUCAUUUAGAACAAUGGGCGAGAGAUGAGAAGUUAACAGCCGCUGCUGAAGCUCUGUUACCAUUGAUUCAAGCUGCACAACUUCUUCAAGCAAGAAAGACUGAUGAAGAUGUUAAAUCUGUAUGUGAAAUGUGCAAUAAAUUAACUGCUAAUCAAAUAGUUAAAAUACUGAAUCUCUAUACGCCUGCUGAUGAUUUUGAAACUCGAGUUCCCGUGUCGUUCAUCAAAAAUGUGCAGGCUGAAUUAAAACACCGUCAAGAAAACAACGAACAGCUUUUAAUGGACCUAAAGUUCACUUACGCCGUUAGAUUUCCAUUCAAUCCUUCAAAUAUUCGAUUAGAAGAUAUUGAAAUACCACCUGCACUCAAUUUACCGAUGCUCAAAAAGGUCUAAAUAAUUAUAAAAAUGGUAUAUUACAAUGAAUUAUAAAUGAAAAAAAUAUAUAGAGAA